AUUCUAUGAUCCUUUGUUCCCAUUGUUGAUUUCACAUUUGACAUUUCACGUCAUCACAUUUGCCCACGUUUACGCAGCGCUCAACGUCACUUCCGACGGCAUUGAUUUGCUCCCUUUCAUGCAUCGGCCUUAGAACCACUCCCUUUCAUCAUACUUACUUGAGCCACUUUGGCAUUCCUCGUCAUAUAAAAACCCGCAUGUAACACCUCGAAUAUCGUCAAUUUGAUUCCGCUUCACUCGCAGCUGUCCAAACGUCUCUAAAGCCUAUCUACUUGGAUACUUCCGAUCGCGCUUCUAUCAAACUUAAAUGUACACGUCUCCUGACGUCGACCCCCUCAGGUGCUAGCAAAUAACAUGCAGACAGUCAACUCAAACGCAAAUCUCUCCCCGGCCUCGGGUGUCAUUGCCGCAGUGCAGAUCAUUACCUUGAAACCACCCAUGUUCCAGGGCAUGAUCACGCAGUCGAUGUGCUUGCACCAGGGACUCGUAUCGGGUCUCGGGCACUUACCUACCGAAAUCAUAAUUCAUAUCUUUCAUCAUUGUCUCCCAGAAUCCAACUACCCAUCAGCGCUUAAAGCUCCCCUGCUGUUGACUGCUGUAUGCCGACGAUGGAGGGAAGCUGCUGUCGACAUACCUAGUUUGUGGUUGUUAGCUACAGUGUCAAGAGUUUACAACCAACCUUCGUCUUCUUCAGUAGAACGUGCACAUACAAUAUAUUUUACUCAAACCAGAUGGACAUUGAACCAUUGGUCUCCCAG